AUUAAGCAACAGGGGGUGGGACAGACUCUAUUAAACAAGUUCUCGUUCGAAAGUUUCACAGUUUCAACAGGAACUUUGUAGCGACUGUGAGAAUCAUGAACUGCCUCCUCUACUGGAACGUGAUCAUGUUUGCUCUGUACAAAGGCAUUGGGAGUCAGGUCAACUGCGAUGACACUAUAGAGGUUGACGUUGCAGCAGGAGAAAAGCUCACUCUGACGUUGGAGAGAUCUGGAAUCAAAGCGACGUCUUGGACCUAUAAAGGGAAGCAUCUCGCCACAACCAAACCAGAUGAACCCAUUGACGUGAAGAAUCGGAAGCUUGGACCAAGACUGUCCAGUAAACCCGAUGGAUCAUUAAUCAUUAGUCACAUAAUCAGCGACGAUCAGGGAGUCUAUACAGCGGAUGUGCUCGGCAAGGAGGAAAAGUAUGAUUUCACACAAUGUUAUGAUGUCAGAGUGCACAAAAAAUUGUCAUUGGCCAAUAUUGAGAUCAAUCACAGAGUCACAAGGAAUGAAACCUGCACCGUUACUCUAACCUGCACGGUAAAUGGAUCAGAUGUGACCCCUUUCUGGAUUAACUCAAGCGCCGAAGACUUCAAUGCGAACGGCAAUAUUCUUAUUGUCUAUAAGAGCGACCCAAACGCAACCUUCAGCUGUAUGGCAGCUAAUACAGUUAGCAACGUAUCCAGAACUGCCGCUCCAUGGAGAUACUGCCAAGAAGGCGAAAGUGAGAUCCAGAGCAGAGCAGCUGAAAAGUCAUCCUCCUUUGCUUUUAUUUUCAUUUUUGCUGUUGUUAUUAUACUGAUUUGUUUUGUACUCUACUGGAGGAAAAAACCCAUGAAAAGCCCCGAGGGUACAAAAGAUGCAGAAAAGGCAGUGCAAGUAAAUACAGUUUAUGAUGUGGUUAGAAAAGAGGGAAAUGAAGAGAUGCCAGAAGAUGGACAUCAUACUAAGGAUGCUCAGAAAUUUCAUUUUACAUUUUUACCUAAAGCAUGACAAUGUCAGCCUCCCAUCAUUAACUGUCAGCAUCCCAAACAGUAUUUGUCUACUAUCAACUGUCAGCGCACCAAAGAUCUGCCCUCAAUCCUCAGUACACUUACUUCCAAUAACUGCAAAUCCAAGACUUCUGAGCUAAAAGACCUCCAACAUGAGGCAUCACAAACCAGAAGAGGGAUUUUCUACAUUCAUCAACCCAGAUAAUACAGGACUAACCAGUGCCAUCACAUGGGAGGUAGGGAAGGGGCUAUUAAAUCAAAAACUCACAGUACGGAGGAGUUGGAGUUCCAAGACUCAUUAGUGGCACAUAUGGCUCAGCUCAAUCAAGUCAGGCAUAGGGAAUGGUACUUACUGGAUAUACUCGAGUAUAAGCCUAGUUUUUCAGCAUCCAAAAUGCACUGAACUGUGCUUAUACUCGAGUUGG